ACCAAUCGGAGCUGAGUGUAAGUCUGAUGACACGGACAAAAUGAGCAUCCUGUUCCAGCACAAUAAAUGAGCAUCAGCGUACAAUCACUUUUUGCUCUGUUUGUAAUGCAGUCGCACGGAGACUGAUUUCUUUUUACCUCCUCAGAACCAAGGGAAAAAGUGACACCACUAUUGGAAUGGAUCCAUUUGAAAUUGAUGACGGCAUUUAUACAAAGAGCCUCACAAAGGACGGCCUUGUUACCCAUGUGGAUUUCCAGAGAAGAAAACAGCCGUGCAGAUGUGUGACUGUGUGUCUUGGGUUAAUGUGUGCUCUCCUGUUGGCCGCCAAUAUAGGACAAAUCAUCUACUAUAAGAUAAUCCGCCGUUGCUCGUCGGCGGACCCCCUGCCGGCCAGUUCCGAUGCUCUGACUCAGGAGACGGACCAUCUCCAGAGAGAGAAUGAAAUCCUGACUAUGGAAAGAGACCGACUGCAGAACAACCGCGAUUCUUUAGCUGCAGAGAGAAAACAACUAGAGGCCAGACUGAGCAACCUGACGGAAGAAAAUGACCAGCUGCAGCACCGUUACAAUUCUCUGUCAACUGAAAGAGAUGAGUUGAAGGCCGGUUUCGGCAAUCUGAAAAACGUACAAGACCGGUUACAAGCGGCUCGCGACACCUUAAAACGAGAGCAACAAGACAUGCAGAGGAACUUUGAGGUGUUACAGAGUGAACGCACUAACCUGAUAACGGGUAAAGAGCAGCUACAGACCCAAUAUGGUAACCUGCAAACUCGUUUCAGUACACUGGAGGCAAACAGAGAUCAGUUACAGAGCGAUUACUCCUCACUGCAGAGGGACAAGGACCAGUUGCAAAGAAGCUUCAAUAACCUUGGUACAAGUAAAGAUCUCCUUCAGACCAACUACCAUUCACUGCGGAAAGACCAAGACCAAUUGCAAACUACAUAUGAAACUCUGCGGAGGGCAAAGGAGCAGCUGCAGACCCAAUAUGGUAACCUGCAAACUCGUUUCAGUACACUGGUGGCAAACAGAGAUCAGUUACAGAGCGAUUACUCCUCACUGCAGAGGGACAAGGACCAGUUGCAAAGAAGCUACAAUAACCUCGGUACAGGUAAAGAUCUCCUUCAGACCAGCUACAAUUCACUGCGGAAAGACCAAGACCAAUUGCAAACCCGAUAUGAAACCCUGCGGAGGGCAAAGGAGCAACUACAGACCAAUUACAGCAGUUUAGCAACAGGCAGAGACCAGCUACAGGUGACGGUCGACAAGUUGACGGUUAAAGUGAGAGGCAUGCUCUGUCAGAGUGGCUGGCAGAAGUUUGAUAUGAGCUGUUAUUUUGUUUCGACCACGAUGGCAAACUGGACGGAGAGCAGGCGAGCCUGCGUCGCCCAGGGAGCAGAUCUGGUGGUCAUGGGCAGCAGGGCUGAACAGGUGUUUGUUAACGGGUUACUGAGCCAUGGCCAUAAUGCCUGGAUUGGUCUGACCGACAGUGUUCAAGAGGGGACUUGGAUGUGGUUGGAUGGGACCCCAGUUACCACGACGUACUGGCAGCCUGGGCAGCCCAACAGCCAUGAGGGGAACCAGGACUGUGGAGAACUUGUAAAGGUAUCCCUCAAAGCAGAGGGAGAAUGGAACGACGACGGCUGUUUUGGUAAACAGGUCUGGAUCUGUGAGAAAUGAGAUCACAAUGAUUUAAACUGAUACCUAGGUCUGUGGGCUAAAGCUCGUCUUUAAAGUUUAACUCUGCUGAUAUUCUGUUUUUGCUCAAUCGUCAACAAGUCCCAUGAAAGCUGAACCGAUGAUAGUCUGGUUUCCAUCCAAAUUGACUGUGGACUUUCCAUCCACUGUUGCCGUUAUGUAUAAUGUUAUGUGAAUAUAAGUGGUUGUUUUAUCGAGAGUGGCAGUAGAUGGUGCUAAUUUUCCAACUUGGGUACCAUUAAAACACAGAAGAAGAGGGCACGAUGCGAUGACGUAAGUAGAAGAGCCCAAAUCAAAGCUCAAACGAAGUGAAACCAUGAGAUGGAAAGCUUGGAGAACACUGUUGCUUUUGCUAUCGAAACACCAGCUUUGCAACUUCUCCCCAGUGUGAAAAUACACAAUUUUUCUUGAGAUAAUUUCCACUCAGGACCUUUUAAUGCACCGGUUUAAAUUAACUUAAAAAUACGGUUAGAAUACAUAGAUAGAUUAAUGCAAACAAAUAUUUAUUGUCAUUGCCAGCUUUUUAAUUCUAAUCCUGUCAAAGUGUCAGUUCAACCAAACUAAAAGAUUCUAUUUCUCAUAUUUCUACAAGAAUAGUAGCAGUUGCCCUGUGGAGAGAGCAUACCUCGGUCAAAGCUAACGCCGUGUAUCGCCAUGUUAAAGGAAGUGAAACAAAAACUCCCGGAUCCACUUCAAACAUGAAUGGGUUCUUCCUUGUGGUUAUAUGCCAACCCUCCACAAACUUUAAAGGAAAUCAGUUUAGUCGUUUUUGCGUAAUUCUGCUGAUGAAAAACAAAAAAAAUUUGUCACUUUUCAUUGUAAAAUGUCACAGAACUAUUCCUUCAACCGAAUGAAAAGCUCAAAAUGCUUUUUACAAAAAAGCUUUUUGUAAUUUGGGUGACGCAAUAUGUUGUGAGAAUUGCUAAUAAAACUGUACUGUUUGUCA